UGUGAUUUGUCUUGGUUCAGCGUUUCUCGGAGUCUCUUUCCUACCUUUUGAACACCACGUUUUGCUGGGACUGUGAUUAUUCGUUUUACUAAAUUUAGCAUCGACAGGUGCAAUAGAAAAUGUUCAAAACAAUAGACCGAAUAUUUCUCGAGAACUUUUAACGAACAAUUGACAACAAAUCAUUCCAGUUUGAAUACAUUCCCUCUGCAAUCAUGACAAACCGCAACUUGUUCUUUCAUUCGGCAGUAAUCUUAUUGUUGAUCCUGAUCGCGGAAACAACAAGUGCCAAUUCUGACAGAGACCUAAUCGGAUACAACCAAAUUAUGGAUUUGAUUCCUAUGCAAGGAACAACGUCUCUAUCUUCGGCAGCCCCCUCUCCCGUUCCACAAAUGGCAGUAACAGAGGGUCGGAUCGAUCCAUCAGAAGCCGACUUAGAAUCUCCAUCGCCUGUCAUUCAGGGCAAACCAACAAAAUUUCCCACAUUGCCUCCUACUCCAUUUCCCACUAGAUGGACACCAAGUGCAACACCGUCAUCAGCACCAAGUGUCUCGCCGAGACCAUCAGUUUCAAUGUCUCCAACCGCACCAACAACGUCACCAACAGAGGCACCAUCACAACCUCCUACCUCGAACCCCUCGUCGUCACCUACCGUCAGCCCGACCGAAGCCUCUAGUUCCCGCCCGUCCGCAUCACCUACGGAAGCACCAAGUAUCCCGCCAACUGAUGGGCCGAGCAAUUUACCGAGCCUGUAUCCGAGCGAUGAACCAUCACAAGAGCCAUCCACUUCUGAACCAAGCGGUUCAGAAGAGCCUUCGAUGAGAGAUACAAACGUAGAUACAAGCGUUGAGCCAAGUGUUAUGAUUUCAACCGAGACUAUUGAAGUUGAAGGACGAACGGAUGACAGUGAAGACGAGACAAUUGGCGCAGACAAAACUAUAUGUAAGUAAAUGUUGUGGAUGAAAAUUGUCAUUAAAACGUGAAAGAAUCCGUACUGCUUGUGUUUUUGGCACAUAUACUUUUCAAAUUAUAUUUUUGAAUAGGUUUCAUCAGUCCAACCCAUAUGAUCAACUUUGUAAUCUUGCUCUACCCUACCCUCUUCAGCCGAAACCAUAUGUGAUGAAGACAAAGCGGGCACGUGGGGCAACCUCUGUGCCGCCCUGAAAGCGUCUAAUCUAUUUCAAAUAAUGGGAGAUGAGAGAGGGCAGUAUACUCUUUUCGCUCCGACCAACGGUGCUUUUGACGCUGGGGACUACACACUAGAGGCCCUUCUUCAAGACCGUGGUGCUCUUCGAGAUCUCAUGUCCAUACAUAUCGUGCCCUUGGCUCUUUCAUAUGACGCAUUAACGUGCAACCUAAACUCUGAAACUUUGAACUUCGAUCGAACCUAUACUAUUUGUAUGGGCGACACGAAAUUCCAAACAUCUGAUGGAAACUUGCUUCGCAACCUUCCGGUUAUUGAUCAAUCUGAAGAUGUAGUAACAAAGAAUGGUGUCAUCCAUUCAAUUAGUAACCUCAUUCUUCCUUUUGAAUUUUCGGUCGGCAAUCAUAUUGAUACGGAAUCACCUGAAAACGACGUCGACAUCACCGUUGACAUCAACAACCAAAAUGUUGACAAUGGAAGCAUUAUCUCCUCUGAUGUUAUGAGUGACGUAGUCGAAAGUGACGCGGUUGGAGAAGAUAAGAAUGAUACUGAUGUCAGCGACACUUCGAGCGAUGUAGUCGGAAGUGAAGAGGUUGAAGAAGAUAACAAUGAUACUGAUGUUAGCGACACUUUGAGCAAUAAUUCAAUGGACGGUGGUGACAACCUUGCAUUCGAAUGCCAAGUAUGCAAAGACCAAGAACUUUGUGCAAUAUCUCGUUCAGCGGUGAUGAGAAUUCCUGGGGAAGGCAAGGUAUCUUGUAUCAGCGUAGUCGAGAGGCAGAACACAGGCAGAUUGAACAUGCUACCCUCCAUUUGCAACUCCAUACAGAAACAAUUCACGGAGUAUUGUCUUAUUGGAGGGAACUAAUGUUUUGUCCCCAACACAAUCAACAAAAUCGUCUCAUGAUGCGCAACCUCAGUACGGCAAUCCACAAAACCAGAGAGUUCUGAAGGGAUGGAUGCAUUGUAGUCACCAUCAACAUGUCAACGGCAUAUCUCUGGCCAUUGCUUUCGCAACAUACUGGAUACAAUACUAGAUAUAUUAAAUGCAGCGUCACCAAAUAAUUAGAAAUAUUAAAU